UUAGAUCCGAGGAAUAUCCUUUUUCUCGUUCCAUUCAUUAUGUUAUUUUUGGAGAUGGUAAAUGGACUUUACCGACCAUGGUCAUCCAAUGACAAGAAAACGUUAUGGUGUCCUAAUGAAUGUUUCAGGAAAAAUAAUGAAAACGAUAUGAAUUUCUGUUGCUCUUGUAAAGGAAAAUCAGAAUGGGAGCUUCCAUUGAUAUUUCCAAGCAUUUCCUAUAGUGGACUGGCAUUAGAAUUGGAGGAUUUGCAAGGAAAAGAUUCCUUUUUACUUGACGUUCCUAAAAGAAAUAGUCCAGAUGCAAAGGAGAUUACUUCAGGUUUUUUUUGGGUUACAUAUGUAGACGGAAUUCUUCGUAGAUAUCCUAAAAAUGCAUGCGACUUUCAGUUAGUGGCAAUUGACUUUACCGGCAAUUUAUUUUCUGAAAUAGGAAAUUUAUCAUGUUUUUCUACAUUAGAUACACUAGUUUUGAAGCGAAAUAGAAUUUCGUUCGUAUCCAAUCAAACUUUCCGGGGAUUACCAAAUUUAAGAAAAGUUGACCUAUCGUACAAUCAGAUACCUAAAACAGAUAAUAAUUUGCUUGGUGCAAACGACGUCUACAUAUCUGAGCUGGUUAUGGAAGGUAAUAACCUUUCGACAGUAGAUUUAUCCAAUAUUGUGUUUCCAAAUAAAACAAUAUGUUACAAUAGUUAUGCAGGCAAUAAUGAGCCUCUGGAUUUCACGAACGAAAUGGAUAUGAGAAUACACGAAAACAUCUCAAAUUCUUGUGGCAGCCUUGACAUAUCAAAUGUGCCAUCUAUUGCUCAACAUCCCUUGUCGACACUCAAAAUGCUUGGCUUAGAGGAAACAAGCGCAUUACAAUUAAGACGUUAUGUACCGUGUGGUUUUUACAAAUUGACUGGAACGUCAUUUAAGUGCGAUUGUACUGUUUUUGACCUGAUGAAGUUAAACGGAUUUGAUUUCCAUCGUUUUUUUGCCAAUGUACAUGGACAGGUCUUUUGUACUGAACCAAAUAUAUUAGCAAAUAAGUCUUUCAAUGAAAUCGUAAGAAACGAGACAUUGCUAGAUCUUGUCAUUUGUGAAUUUUCAGAUUCUUGUCAUAGGAGACAAAACUGUGAUUGUCGUUGUAUCUCGCAGCCAAAUAGGCGUAGAUUACUAAUAGAUUGUUCCAAUCAGUCAUGCAUCGACUUUCCGGACGUUAUACCAGAAUCGAGUUUUGACGUUGAAAUGAAUAUGAGUAAGAAUAAGAUAUCUACUUUGAAAACAAAAGAUUACUUUUCUCGUGUUAAAAUUUUGGAUCUUUCUGAAAAUCCGUUAACAGUUAUAGAUGAAAAUGUAGACAGACUAAAUCAUGCAUCUCAUAUUUUCAUACCAAAUCACUCUCUAAAGACAUUACCCAGAUCUGUGCAGUUUUUACAUCCUGAUAUUUUUAGAUUUGGCAAGAGUGGGAUUCCGUGUAAUUGUGAUAACAUUUGGAUUGGAGACUGGAGAAUAUAUAAGUCCGCUUCUAAGGAAUUCCCUUUACUUUGCAACAAUUUCAACAAUAUUUCAUUUGAAGAUGGGAGAUUGGAGAUAGGAAAUUGUGAACCAUAUACUAGUAACUCCAAGCAUUUCCUAUUUCUAUUGCUAAUUUUCCCAUUUUCUAUAUCCUUAUUAGGUAUCGUCUACUAUUUUAGGUUCGAGUUAAUUAUAUUAAAGCGUAAAUACGAUCGAAGGCGCAACAAGAGAUGGGAACACGAUGUUUACAUUUCGUUUGAUGAAAACAACAAGUUAGUGCUUCAAUUUGUUAUAAAACGUCUAUAUCCGUUUCUCAAAAAAAAACAAUGUAUCAGCUUAUAUUCCUUGUAAAGAUGACUGUCCAGGGAAAAUUGUAGAUGAGAAUAUCACCAAAAAUAUUCAAAAGUGUAAAACCUUCGUACUUAUUACUUCAAAUGGAAUGUACGAGGAUAAACCUGGCAUAACAGAGGCUAAAAAAAUUGAAUAUCACUUGGCAUGGAAAUAUUUCUCAAAAGGUGUCAUAGAUAAGAUUUUUGCUGUAAAAUUUGACGAACCCAAAAGGAAGGAUUUUCAAUAUAGAAAAACUGAAGCAAUUUAUAGAGCAGGCAUGGGUUUUAAUAUGUGGAAUCGAAAAGUGUGCGUAUAUCAAGCAAUAUUAGAAUUACUGCAAGAGCGUUAAAAAAAUAUAUUCAAUUAUUUCCUUGUGGCCAUUUAAUGAAAACUAGAUCAACCCGGUUUUGGUUGGGUUCCUGUUGCUUAGUCUUUAGUUUUCUUUGUUAUGUUUUGUACACUGUUGUUUGUCUUUUGAUUGUUUUUAGAUGUUUGCCAUGGCAUUGUCAGUUUGUUAACUCUUAUGAGUUUAAAUAUCUCUUU